AUGGCCAACACAGAGAACCCAGACAAGAUCAAGCUCCAUCACAUCGCACAUGUCUACUACAAGUAUAGCACAGAGGAGGUGGAUGCCGCCCACGUCUUCAUGGCCGACUUCGGCUUCUUCGAGGCCAAGCGCGUCGGCCCAAGGACAUACUACCGAGGAUACGGGUCCGAGCCCUUUGUUCUCUGCGUAGAGGCUUCCACCAAGACAGAGUUCGCGGGCGCCGCCUUCGCAGUCGAAUCUCUGGAUGAGCUGCAAAAGGCCGCCAAGAUCCUGCCCGCCGAGGCGAAGCCAACGGGCAUCUACGAUCUCACUGACGCCCCUGGCGGAGGGAAGGGCCUCACGUUCUUCGACCCUGUCGAUCGGUUCCCCAUGCACCUUGUAUACGGGCAAGAGCCGAUCGAGGAGCUGGACCCGAAGUUCCCGGAUUUGAAGCUGAACUUCCCUGAGAAGCAGAACCGUGAGACCAACCAGUUCCAACGCUUUGAGAAGCGCCCAACGCCCGUGCACAAAUUGGGCCAUUACGGCAUGUGCGUGACAAAUUUCAAGAAGUGCUACGAGUUCUACACGAAAUACUUCAACUUCUACCCCAGCGAGCUCAACUACAACGACGAAAACGAGGACAAUACCGUCUUCUUCCGGCUGGACCGCGGCGACGAGAAGGUCGACCACCACUGCUUCUUCUUCUUCGAGGGCCCCAAGGGCCACGUGCACCACUCGUCCUUCGAGACGCACGACUUCGACGCCCAGGUCCUGGGCCACGACUGGCUGCGCCACAAGGGCUACGAGAACUGCUGGGGCGUCGGCCGCCACAUCAUGGGCAGCCAGAUCUUCGACUACUGGUUCGACCCGUCCCGCUUCGUCCUCGAGCACUACGUCGACGGCGACCUGCUCAACAGGGACUAUCCUACGCAGCGCACCAAGGCGAGCCCGGAUGGGCUGCAUGUCUGGGGGCCCGACUUGCCACCUACUUUCUUGACCUGA